UCCGAACCCAUUAUAGAGCUUAUGUAGUUGACGUUAGUAGAACACGUUUUAUGCUCAACAUCUCAAAGCUUUUCUACUCGUAUUCGUCGUCGCGUAGCGUUUAUUUUUAAAGCUUUUUUAUUUUUUUAUUUCUAAAUCGCGUAACGCGACGCACAGUGUUGCCAUAAUAAUAAUAAUAAUAAUCAUUCGAUUACCGUUCGGAUAGAUGUGAUUUAUGACAGAAAAUUUGAUUAUUCGCAUUAGUCGUCCGGUCGGCAUCGCAGUGAUUAAAAUUCACCACCCAUUAUGUAUUUUACUACUUGAUUGUUCGCGUUUACUCGUCUGAAUUUGAGGGGUUUCCCGCAUUUAUCCGAAAGUGUUUCGCGUACAGCAGCAGGAAAAAAAUGUCAGUGACGGGCACAUCAUUUAAACCAAAAACAGCAGAAUGCUUCGUCCUCGAAUGCUCGAGUGAUAAUGAAAAAAUGCAGCAGCAGCAGCAACAUCAGCAGCAGCAAAAUGGCAAUAAAACAUUACCAGGCGAUCCUCAACUUAAAAACAAAUCGUGCGCGAAAAUGCGAGCCAAACCAAUUCUGACUGUGAUAAUAUUAGCUCUAGGAAUUACUUGUGUAUUUGCUUAUUUUAGUAAUCGAUAUUUCGAAAAGCAACAGUAUUGUCUGACGGCGUUAUGCAAACGUUCAGAGAGGCAUUUAUUAGAAUCGAUCAACGCGUCGGUUAAUCCUUGUGAUAAUUUUUACGAAUUCGCUUGCGGAAAUUGGAAAAGACGACAUCCUAUUCCUAGUGAUACGAUGAGUAUAGAUUUAUUCGUCGGAAUUCAGACACGAACUUCCAACCAAAUAGCUGAAUUCCUGAAACAAGCCGAUACCAGCAGCGAACCUCAAGCUGUUCAUGCAGCCAGAACACUGUUUAGAUCUUGUCAAAAAGCAGUCAACCUGAACAGAACUCUUGGAUUCCAACAAAUCAUCAACACACUGGAGGCAGUGAAUCUACCAGUUACUCCACAAUUUAGAGAUAAGUCUGAAAAUUUCUCAUGGAUCCAAACCGCAGUAUUAAGUAAAAAAGAAUUCGGUCAAAAUUUUUUCAUUGAAUUCAGUAUCUCGAGUGAUCCGAAAAAUCACACCAUUAGAAGACUAGCUAUCAGCAAACCAACUAGCACGAGUCCAUUGUCAACGCAUCGUUUUUUCGAACGUCACAUCAAUUCGGAAUUACAAUGUGAUGCAUAUCUGUACGAAAAUGAAACUCAAUUCUUGACCGAGAAAGAAGAUUUAGUCGACGAUGUUUUUUACGAAUUUGUAAAAAACGUAACAAAAUAUUUCUACGAAGAGGAAGAGCAACUUUGGACUGAUGAAACAGAUGAUGAUUUCAAUGAACUGAUGGUGCAGUUCAUAAGAUUCAACGAUGAAGUGAAUGACCUCAUGGACAUGUAUUAUGACAAAAGCCCCUUGAUACCAGAAUACGUAACAGUCGAAGAACUACAGAGCUUAAUCGAUAUGAUCUCCGAAUGCAACAAUAUUAAUUCUAUAAUGAACUGGACAAUGUACUUUAUGUGGAUGUUCGAAGAUAUUGAAUCUGUGGAGUUGGACUUUGAAGACAGGGAUCAAACCAUAUUAAUAGUGAACAGAGAAUAUUUGACUGCUAUAUUUAAAUUAUUGGCAAACACACCACCUUACGUUAUGGAAUUUUACAUGUGGUGGAAAACGGUAUAUGGAAUAAUACCACUCACAGUCAGCACACUUAACGAACCGUACGACGAAUACUACGAAUUAGUUUCCGGUAGUGCAAAAAGAUCACGAGAUUUGUAUUGUGCUGAUAUUGCUAAUGAAGCUUUGGGUUACGCUGUGGCAUAUUUCAUAGUCUAUGAUGACGCUAUCAAACACAAUAUGGCCAAGAUUUCAGAGAUGGUUGAUAAUAUUCAGUUGGCAUUUUUAGAAGAAAUCGACAACCUAGAUUGGAUGGAUGAAGUAACUCGUGCCAGAACUUUGAGAAAGUUAAAAGCUAUGAAAAAAAAUAUUGGAUAUCCCGAGUGGAUGAACCGUCCAGAGGAAUACGACUUGUAUUACGAUAAUUUGACAAUGUACGAAGACGAUUUUUAUAACAAUGUGCUGUUAGAAAACAAACGACAGUUCUAUUACAUGCUCGAGAAUUAUCACGAGUUGGAUUCCGAAGAAAGCGACGGUUGGACCAGCAAUCCACUAGAUGUAAACGCGUUCAAUAAUAUCGAAGAGAAUACAAUAAUGAUUCCUGCGGGCAUAUUUCCAUUCCCAUUUUAUCAAUUAGGAUUAGAAUCGCUGAAUUAUGGUGCCAUUGGUACAGUGAUUGGUCACGAGUUGACUCAUGGUUUUGACAAUACAGGAAAAGAAUAUGAUGACGAUGGUCAUUUGAAUGCUUGGUGGUCCAAUGAAACAAGACAAGAAUUCGAAGAAAAGGCAGAAUGUUUUAUCAAUCAUUACGAUAGGUUUAAUUUCACUGGUUUGGAAGACGCCGAUAAUGAAACAAGGCUGGAUGGAUCUCAAACUUUAGAUGAAAACAUAGCUGAUAAUGGAGGCCUGCGAAUUGCAUUUUACGCUUAUAAAAAUUAUGUUGAGAAAAAUGGCAGAGAAAAACUGUUGCAAGGCUUAAAAAAAUAUUCCAACGAUCAGUUGUUCUUCUUGGCCUUCGCUAAUACGUGGUGUGAACAUGGAUCCAGUAAAUCAUUGAAGAUCAGUUUAACUGACGAACAUAGUCCUAAUUUCGUCCGAGUUUUAGCUACAUUGAUUAAUUCGAAAGAAUUUUCAGAAACAUGGAAAUGCCCGAAAGGUACUCCGAUGAAUCCAGAAACGGACAAAUGUCAAAUAUGGUGAAAUAAAACGUUCCGUUACUUAUCUCAACGUGUUUUGAAGUUACCCAGACUUGUGCAAACAUUUUUUUCUCAUUUUUUCAUACGAAGCAUUUUAUGUGUUUUUUUUUGUCUUUCGAGGCUAAUGAUAUUUUUUAUCUGAUUUUUUUAAAAAUGAAAUCGAAGAUCAUUUGUUGACUUGAUUCAUUUUUUAUUCGAGUAUUUUGCUAAUUUGUUUUCAUAUUUUAUGCUCCUUUGAUGAUGGGAGUUGAAUUGAUCAUCAAUACUUCAACAGUCAAUUUUUUUGUAAUGUUUCAUUAGUCGAAUAUUUACAAAAAAAAAAAAAAAAAAAAAAGUAAA